CCCUAUUGAUGGAUCCUAAUUCAUGCACCACAAAUUCCGUUAGUGGGUUUUACAAUCUCCUGAGUCGUGAGCUCAACAAUCUCGACCAAAAUUUUCUCUCCCACAACAACUUCAUGUCCAUUCAGUUCCUUCAACAGGUGCUCUCCUCUCUCCAGUCCUUCAAUUCCCAGCUGACCCUUUUGGUUCAGAAGCUUCACUUGCCCACCGGAGAGAAAUGGCUCGAUGAGUACAUGGAUGAAAGUUCCAGGCUCUGGGAAGCCUGUCAAGUCCUCAAAUCCGGAGUCUCCGCAGUCGAGAAUUUCAUUGCAAGUGCCACUAAUAUAGUCUCUUCUCUUGAUAAUUACCACCAUUUAAAUCCCGUAAUGUCUCGCCAGGUUAUCCGGGCAAUAAGUAUUUGCCAAAGGGAAACUGUAGGGUUGGAAGAGGACAACAGGGUGUUGAUGGAAACAAGAAUCCAACAAUUGUCACUUUGCGAUGAUCUUAAUUGGAUUGACGUUCCAAUGGAUUCCAAGUUCAACGGGUUCAGCGGUUUUCGCGGCGUUCUUCACGCAAUGAGGAAAGUUAGCUCGUUCCUAUUGCUGAUCCUGUUCAAUGGCCUAGUCUUUUGCUUGCCUGAAUCCUCAAGUUUUAAUGAUCAAGGAGAUAAUUAUGAAGCAAAUGCAAUAUUGGGUUCUGCUGGAUUCAUGGUUUCAAUGGCUAGAUUGAGGCAAAGAGUUGCAAACGAGAUGGAGCAGUUUUAUGGGCAAUCUGGAAUACUUCUUUACGAGUUCCGGGGGUCGAAAACCACCAUGGAAGAGCUGAAAGUUGUGCUGGAAAGAAUGGCGGAGUUUGAAGAAGAAUCUAAUGAUGAUGAUCAUAACAUUAAUAAUGAUGAUUUGCAAUAUCAGAUUGAGAAGUUGAGAUCAGGGUUUGGAUUGCUGAGAAGUGGGGUGGAGACUAUAAUUGGACAGCUUGAUGAUUUCUUUGAUGAAAUAGUUGAAGGAAGAAAGAAGCUUCUAGACAUGUGCUCUUCUCAUUCUCAUAGGUAGACAUUUUGGUACAUGCUAAGCCAUAGUUA